GGCCCCUGCCGGUGGCAGUUCUUUAUCGCCUUGGCGACUGCGGCUGGCUGGCGGCUGGCGGUAAACAGGAGGAAGGGCGCAGAGAAGGCAGCUCUCCGUCCGCAGGCAGCCCACUACUACCUCUUAGCCUUCUGGAAAACACGGGGUCAAGAGGCAGGGGCGAUGCCAGCCCCCUGACCAUGUUCCAUAUUUCCGAAUUUCAAGAUGAAACUUUCUCCACCAAUGAAAAGGAUCCCACGGACCUGAAGCCGACUGUCGGCGGGGCCAAGGACCUGAACAGCCCGUCCCAUGAGAACCCAGAACUGAGACGCCGCAUUGGGUCUGACCAACUCGAUUCGGAGACCUCCGAUGAGGUGGGGACAUUCCGGGCCCGCUCCCGCUCCGCCCCUCCCAUCUUGUGGGCCGCGCAGCGAUACGGCCGAGAAUUACGCAGGAUGAGCGAUGAAUUUCACGGCGCCCUCCAGAAGCUUCCGCGCCCGAAAAGCGCCGGGACCUGUUCCCGCAUGGACCACCCUCCCAGCUGGAAGGACACUCUGCGGUCGUGGUGGCGCCGAAGUUGCCCGGAAAAUGGACCUUCCGGUUCUUAACCGGGCGCUGCUGCUACCUGUUGCGGGGAUGGGGGGGUGGGGUGGGGUGGAGAGGAGAGGAGAAACUUGGUGGAGUUUCCACCGUACGCUUUUUCCUCCGUGGUCUCUCAAAAAUCAUUCCGGGGGCCGAGUUUGUUCCCCGACACUUCCACUCUCUUACGCCACCUAAAAGAUGUUUACUCCGGAUCUGACAUUAUGGCACUGUCCAGAUUUUGACCCUCUGCCCAUUUAACCCUUGAUUAAAUUUGGGUUUUUUUUUUCCCCCUUCCCCAAUAUCCAACACCCCUAAUUUUCCAGGGUCCCCGUCCUCUCCCAGAAAAUCAAGUCGAACACCCGUUUUUUAACAAAGCAAAAAAAGAAGAAAAAAACAGCCCUGGAUUUUCUUCUCGCCUUCACUCUCUGUAUCGUUGCCGUUUAUUUGUCUUAAUUCCUAAAAGGGGGGAAAUUGUAUAUAAAGGUUGUUUUUUUCUGGCUUCUCA